AAGGCAGCACGGGCUGCAAUCGGUGCGGGGCGCUUGCUUUUGCCAAGGCUGCACAGUGUCGCUCGCCACUGAGCGCUGACACCAGCCCCAAAGCGGUUCGAACCCAGCCCGGGUCGCGACGGCAGCGGCCAUAGCGCGAGGCGGCUCCUGGACUUGUUGCAGCAGGAGAGCUGCAGAAAUAGCUUCACAUUUCCUCCGUGCUUUUCUGACGUAUAUCCAUGCCAUUGGAAAGUGUCCAGAUCAUGUAAAUGAGUAUCAGUUCGAGGAAUAAAUUCAUGUUUUCGCCACUUGGACCAUCAUCCUCUUCAAUACUUGUGAUGUUGGAAUAAUCAAGACAUAUUUCUGGGUUUUUAAUCUUUUGGCAACUCCACAACUGCCACGCAAUGAGAAGACAUAUCAUGAUACUUGUCACAUUGUACGUGAUCCUUCACCUGCUCCAUCUUUCGUAUUCUGACCUUGUGAUUCCAAGGACUGUGAGGAAAUAUGGAGAGGUGUCUUUGGUUACUUUUUCUGUUACUGGGGUGUCAAAUUACUCUACACUGUUGCUUAAUGAAGAUCAAGGAGUGUUGUAUGUGGGUGCCCAGGAAGCCAUCUUUGCUGUGAACAUGUCAGACAUUUCGGAUAAAAAACAUGAGGUCUUCUGGAAAGUCUCAGAAGAGCAACAAAGUAAAUGUGCUGCUAAAGGGAAAUCCAAAGAGACUGAAUGCUUGAACUACGUACGAAUCUUGCACGAAUAUGACGAUGAAAGACUCUAUGUGUGUGGGACUUUUGCAUUUCAACCAACUUGUGAUUACCUUUCGAUUAAGAGUUUUACUCUGCAACAGAGAAAUGAGGAAGGCAAGGGCAAAUGUCCAUUUGAUCCUGCUCAAAAAUACACCUCCAUAAUGGUUGAUCACGAGCUUUACUCGGGAACAGCAUACAAUUUUCUAGGAAGUGAGGCUGUCAUUCUACGGGGUAAUUUAAGGACGGACUAUUCAAUACCCUGGUUAAAUGAGCCGAGUUUUGUUUAUUCGGACGUAAUAAGAGAGAGUGAAAGCAACUUGGAUGGUGGUGAUGAUAAGAUCUAUUUCUUCUUCACUGAAGUAUCUGUUGAAUAUGAAUUUUAUAGUCGCAUUCUUGUGCCAAGAAUAGCUCGAGUGUGCAAGGGUGACCAAGGAGGAUUAAGAAUUCUGCAAAAAAGAUGGACAUCAUUUCUUAAAGCUCGGCUGGUUUGCUCUCAGCCUGGGUCCAAUUUUGUCUUCAACGUCAUUCAGGAUGCAUUUAUUUUAAAAUCUCCAAAUUGGAAGGAGACAGUGUUUUAUGGUGUAUUUACAUCACAAUGGACUAAUUUGGAAGUGUCAGCAGUCUGCAGCUUUAACAUGUCCAAAGUGGAGGAGGUCUUCUCCACAGGAAAGUUCAUGCAAAGUGCCACCUUUGACCAGUCCCAUGUAAAAUGGGUCAGAUUUGGAGGAUCGGUUCCAGAGCCGCGUCCUGGCUCAUGCAUAAACAAUGAGGCGAGAGCUUUGAAUUUCAAUAACUCACUCAUGUUGCCAGACAAAACUCUCCAGUUUGUUAAGGAUCACCCUCUGAUGGCAGACACUGUUAAACCAAUUGGGAAUAGCCCUAAAUUGGUAAAGAAAAAUGUCAACUAUACACAGAUUGUUGUGGACAGAGUUAGAGCACUUGAUAACCUCCAGUAUGAUGUCAUGUUUAUUGGCACGGAUAAAGGAUUGUUGCAUAAAGCGAUUAACUUUGACAAUGAAAUGCAUAUAAUUGAAGAACUGUCUAUUUUUUCUGGUUCUGAACCUGUACAGACAUUGCUCUUGUCCAAAGAGGACAGAAAGUAUAUCUAUGCAGGGUCUCAUUCAGGAGUAGUUCAAAUUCCUGUUGCGUUUUGUGAAAAAUAUAAAACCUGCACAGAUUGCAUUUUGGCAAGGGAUCCCUAUUGUGCAUGGAACUCCGAAAAGAAAAGCUGCACAUGGAUUAUGGACAACAACAGCCAUAACAAUGAUUUGAUGCAGUUUCUGAAUGGAAAUGCAGCUCACUGCAAAAUCAAAGAUGUGGAAUCUGUUGAAUCUGAAGAGCUCGUGGUGGAUCAAGGAGGAUUGAAAGAACUGAAGUGCCUGCCUGCAUCCAGACUGGCUAAAGUUAGAUGGAAGUUAAAUAACACACUUCUCAGUGAGACUUCAAAGUAUCGAAUUGAUAAAAACAAACUGCUGAUUUUUCAUCUUACUGAAGCUGAUACUGGUGUCUAUGACUGCUGGACCACAGAAGCUGUGAAGGCAGACAUCUACGAACAGCUAGUGAAAAGGUAUUCUCUGAUCGUUGAGGGUCCAUCCAACGCAAUAGCAGCAUCGCCAACUGAGACGGAAGGUAAAUCUACAGUGACAAGCACAGAUAAAGAAAGGAAAUCACCUCACGCAAUCACACCCCGGAUUCAAACUGAGCUUUCCACUUCAACAAUGCUCCAGAUUUCAGCUGGCAUGCCCUCAAUCCCCAUGCUCAUACCUACUGAUCAUAAUGAUUUGGAAGUAGAAACUAAAAUUGCCAGAAGUUCUACUGAGUCUGAAGGAAUUAAUAGCAUUCUGUUGUUUUUCCUCGUGGUAAUUACACUUCUAUUCCUGAUGCUAAUUAUUUACAAUUGUUACAUGAAAUAUUUGCCAGGUCCUUGCUUGAAACUAAGUUUAGAUAAAGUCGGUGAUGGGAAGAAACCCAAAUUUGAUUAUGAUAAUGUUUCUGAGGAGCUUGUAAAGCAGCAGCCAGCGAAAAUCAAUGGAGAUAAUCUAGGUAGUGAGCAGAUUACAACUGGUGAUAAGGGUUAUGAAACUGAAUCAGACUGUGGGAAUGGCAAAAUUCCUAACACAGAGAAGCCCCAAGAGUUAAAGCAAAUCCAGGAAAACCACUCCAUCAAAUCUAUUGAUCUGGAGAAAGAUGCAGAUAUUAAAUACAUUGAUGAGGAGGCACAGAGCCUUUGCUAGCAGUCGGCCAUAGAUACAUUGUUUAUUAACGGGAGAGUAGGAAGUCUUUAAGAAAUAGUCCAAUUUAUGAAAUGCUAUAAAAUGUUACAGUAGAUUACAUAAAUUCUUUAAAAUGGUGUUAAAAGUGAAGUUCGCUCUCUUGUAUUCAACCUGCAUUAUAUUCAGCAGUCUCUGAUUAGAAUUUAUAUCUUUUCACUAUAUAGAUGAUUUGUAGUUCAUUCCAAAUUGGAAAUUAUUAAUUUAUCAAAUUGGUAAAUCUCAAGAUACUGUCCAAAUUGGAGCAUGAAUCUUUUUUUGCAUACACUGUAUAUGUGAUAUUUUGUAUUGCACUGAAAUUUGAGUAAUAUUCUGUAAGAGAUAUUUGUAGUUUAUUGCUGUAUCUAAUGUAGGUUGAUGCUUUUGUUUAUGCUAACAUUGUACACCUCAGGGAUCUGACCGUGAAUCUUAAAUUUGUAGGCUUUAUUUUAACUUUCCUCAUGCAAAUAGAGAAAGGACUGUUACAAUGAUGUGAGUGUGUGUUUGUGUCUAACUUUAAAUGAUGUACAUGUGUUAAGGUGAAGCAUGGGGUCUACAGGCCUUUGAUUCAUAGAAGUAAUACAUUUUAAAAGGAAUAAUAUGCAUUGUUAAAAUGCUUUUACUGAGCCAUGGCCACAGCAGAGGGCCUAAUCGAAAGACUUUUACCUGUGGAAGAAUAUUGCUACUCGGCUGCAUAUUGUGCCAAUUAUGGUCACAUUGAUACAGAGAUUACCUUUUCUUGCGGUAUGGAUCAAAUCAUAUACUGUGGACAAAGACUGAAAAUGACCAGACGGCCACAUCUUUUGCAGAGUUGUUGCUAUUGGGCUGUGGAUUUUGAAAGGCCCGAUGGACCUAAAGAACUGAUGGAAAUGCAUGGGAACCUGUGUUUUGCUGCUACAGAUAUUGAAUUAUUUUAGUAACCCACUGAACUGCUGCAGAAAAUAAGAGCAACAGUUGCAAUUAACCAGCUUUCUAACCUCCUGAUGGUAUGGCAGCACGAGACACUUGUAUUUUAAGUUUAUGUAUAGUAAGCAUUUUAUUUUCUGGCAACUUUAUCUGCUCAUGUGGGUGUAUAUAUGUAUAUGCAAAUGGAGGUUCCAUUGAAAUUGUUCAACAAAAGGUUUUAUGUAGAGUUAGCAUUGAGAAAUUAUUUCAUAUGCUACAGUUAGUGGUAUAAAUCGAUUCUUUCAAAGAGAAUUGAGUAUAAAGUUGUUUAUUUUUUUUAAAUUGUAAACAGAAUUUGAGGGCAACAAAGAUACCGUCAUCUUUUACAGAAAUAACAUUUGAUAGAACCCUAUGUGUUUGAGCAUAUGUGUUUGUUCUCAGUCUGUCGCACAUUCAGAAAUGUUUGGAGCCCUUUAGUGCUGCUACUUCUGCCUGACUCAGUCCAUUUAUCUUUUAUCCCAUAGUGCAUGACUGAUCUUCUUUGUAGUAUUUGUAUCUUUGCAACUCUGUUUGCUUUGUGCCUUUUCUGUCUCACAGCUUUUCCUGUUUUACCUUUCACUCCUAUUGGUUCCACCUCCACCUUUUGGGCAUGAUCCACCACCUUCCCUUGCUUUUACCCCAUCUGAAGGGUCCAGUGCAGUUGUCCAGUUAUUGCCACCGCUGCUCAGCGACCAGACAAACACUGUUUGUAGACCCGGAUCUGUUCAUCUCUUCUGUCAAGCUACUGGUGAGUAAGCAUCUGCUAACAGGAGUAUAAGUUUGUAUAAUUAGGCGACGGACAGAGAGAGAGAGAAAGAGUUUUCCUUUUUAGUGCUGAAAACUACUAGUGGUCUCAUUACCAAGGACGAGUGGUUUAAACGUAUUGACUGCAAAUGCGAGUUUUAUGAUGCUUUAAGUCCAGAACCAUUUCCUGCAAUUGUUAGAUUUUUCUGUACAAUAAUGUAAAGAAUUUUAUUAAGUACUUGUUUUUAUUUUUGUUUUUCACUUGGCCGAUAGUUUGUGAAAUGUGGUAAUGUUUGUGUAUUGAUCAUUUUUGACAUUGUUUUUAACCAAAUUCUACAAUAAAAUUAAAAAUGCCAAAAUC